AUGCUGCAACAUGAUGAUUUUUAUUUAUUUAUAUAUUAUAAAAAAAAGAAAAAUCAUCAUGCAAUUAAACAAUUUCAAGUCUUUAUUUUUCAAUGUCGCAGUUUAUUGGUUUUAAUUACACACGACUUUGUCUUUUUGUAUUUUGAGUGUAUUUGAGAUAUAUUACCGCAUUGUAUUGGUUUUAGUUUCCACAGUAACGUUGUUGUUUCGUAAGGUUUAAUUUUACAAAUUUAGUUGAUUGUUAUAUACACCUGUCUGUUUGUUUGUUUGUUUGUUUGUUGACAAAGGAAUAAGCAAGACUAAACAUUGUUGUGUGCAAAAUAAUUAAACCAAUAUUUUAUUAAAUAUUAAUUUAUACAUAUAUAUAUACAAGCAAGCAUGUCAAAUGACUCUUUGGGAAAUGGUGAUAUUCCAACACAUCAUUUAGUACAACAUGUUAAAAAUAUUAGAUCAAAUGACAAGUCUAAAAAAGCACCAGAUAUAGCAGCAAUUGAAAAUAAAAAUUGGCUUUUACAUCGUCAUUUUACACGACAUGAAUAUAAAUUAUCAAAAAAUUUAAUUGACAAGGAACUUGUAAACUCACAUGGACACAAUGAAUAUGCAAAUUAUUUAAAGGGUAUAAUAUUACGAAGAGAAGGAAAAGUUCAAGAAUCAUUGGAUGCAUUUCAAAAUAGUUACAAUGUCAAUCCAACAAAUGUCAAUAAUGUCAAACAAAUUGCAAAAUCAUUCCACAAACGAGCAAUCGAUGCAUAUCUUGAGGCUGAAAAAAUGUCAAAUAUUCCAGACUGGGAAAUUCAUCAUAGCCUUGGUGAGUGUUAUUUGAAAUUGAAUCAAAUUUACGAUGCUGAAUGUCAAUUUAAAAAAUCAACUGAAUUAACAAAAAAUUCAUUACCAUAUUUGUCAUUGGGUAGUCUUUAUAAAUCCAAUGAUAAAAUAAAUGAAGCUAUUCAAGUUUAUGAAAAUUCAUUAAAAGGUAGUCCAGAUAAUUUAGAAAUUGCUGAAGAACUUGGACUUGUUUAUCUUGAAAAUGGAGAUGUUCAUGAAGCUUUUCAACAAUUUGGUACAAUUUUAGCUCAUUCACCAGGAUGUGCACGCAUUAUUUUACCUCUGGCUUUUAUUAUUCAAAAUAAUGAUGAAUAUGAUGUUGCACUUUCAAAGUAUAAAUCAGCUGCUCAAACAAUAUCUGAAUCUUCAAGUUUAUGGAAUAAUAUUGGAAUGUGUUUUUUUGAUAAAAAAAAAUUUGUUGCUGCAAUCAGCUGCUUGAAAAGGGCACAUUAUCUAAAUCCAAUGGCACUAUUUCCGGCAUGUAAUUUGGGAAAAGUAUUGCUGACUACUGGACAACCAGCAUCAGCAGCAAUAUACUUGUGUGCUGCUAUUGCAGCUGCACCUAAAAAUCCAAUGCCAUAUUUGCUACUUGGUCUGGCUUUGAAAAAACUAGAUGAUCUUGAGGGAGCUGAAAAAGCACUAUCGAAAUCUCAUUCACUAACACCACAAGAUCCACUGGUUCUUAUUAAUUAUGCUGUUAUUCUUUAUGAAGUUGAAAAAUAUAAAGAUGCUCGGGAUAUUCUCUCUGCUUUACAGGACAUAACAACAAUAAUUAAUGUUGAAACUGAGAUUGUUCAAGUUGCUAAAAAUUUAUCAAGAAAACUUGAUGAUAAAUUAAAUUAUGAAGAAAAUAGAAUUCUCAUUGAAGAUGAAGUCUGAAUAUGUUAUUUUUAUUAUUUAUUUUCAAACUUUUACGUCGGAUUUAACAUGAAAUAUAUAUUAUAUUAUUAUAUAUUCAACUAUAUAUAUAUAUAAAUUGAGAUAAAUAUUUUUAUUAUUUUUAUUAUAAUAUAUUCUAUCCCUCUUUUUAUUUUAUUAAGUUUUUCCAACAAUUUCAUUUUAUUUCUAUGUGUGUGAGUGCUCGACAUUUUUCAAUUAUUUUUUCUUGAAUUUAUUUGCAAAGCAUGUUAUAUCCUCUUUAGUUUCGAGUUAAUUGAGAUUUGUUUUACUUUUUUUUUUUUAUUACCCUAUAUAUCCUAAAUAAAAAACAAUGUAAAUAAAUAUAAAUAUAAAUUAAUGGCAAUUCAAUGGGUAUAUAAUAUAUAUUCAAAUAUUUGAAAUAUGGAAAAUUUUAUUAAAAAAAACGAUAUUAUUUCAAGCGACGAGUGAUUAUCCAAAGUGAUUUGUCAAUGUCAUUUUGAAGAUGCUAGAACUAUAUAUAUAAGUGUAGCAUCAAAAUUAUGAUAAAAAAAAAUAAAAAAAUAAAUUAUAUUGAUGAUUGAUGUAAAAUUACUUUAUUUAAAAAUCAUCAUCGAUUUAAAAAUACUCGUGUGAGCUUUCACUUUAAUUGGUUAUCAUAUAUAUUUUUUUCUAAUAUAUUAAUCAUCAAGUAAAUUCACUUAGUCUU